AUGGGUAGGGAGGACAAGGCCACAUGGAAGACCAACUACUUCACUAAGAUAAUCCAACUGUUAGACGAGUACCCAAAAUGCUUCAUCGUGGGUGCCGACAACGUGGGCUCGCAGCAAAUGCAGCAAAUCCGUAUCUCCCUUCGUGGGAGCAGCAUCGUGCUCAUGGGCAAGAACACCAUGAUGCGUAAGGCCAUCAAGGAUCAUUUGGAGACCAACCCAGCCCUUGAGAAGCUCCUGCCGCACAUCAAAGGCAAUGUAGGCUUUGUGUUCACCCGCGGAGAUCUUGUCGAGGUCCGUGACAAGUUGCUGGAGAACAAAGUUCGUGCCCCAGCUCGUCCGGGAGCCAUUGCUCCUCUGGCUGUUGUCAUUCCAGCUCAUAACACUGGUUUGGGUCCCGAGAAAACUGCCUUCUUCCAGGCUCUCUCCAUCCCCACCAAGAUUUCCAAGGGUACUAUUGAAAUCAUCAAUGAUGUCCACAUCUUGAAGCCCGGAGACAAAGUGGGAGCUUCUGAGGCAACUCUUCUCAACAUGUUAAACAUCUCGCCCUUCUCAUAUGGUCUAGUUGUUAAACAGGUCUAUGACUCGGGCACCAUCUUUGCUCCGGCUAUCCUUGACAUCAAGCCCGAGGACUUGCGUGCCAAGUUCCAGGAGGGAGUAGCCAAUGUUGCUGCUCUUUCUUUGGCUAUUGGUUACCCAACUGUGGCAUCUGCUCCUCACUCCAUUGCCAACGGAUUCAAGAACCUCCUGGCUAUCGCUGCCGUCACCGAGGUUGAGUUCAAGGAAGCCAACACCAUCAAGGAGUUCAUCAAGGACCCCAGCAAGUUUGUUGCUGCCGUCGCUGCUCCGGCCGCUGCUGCUGCUCCUGCCGCAGCCAAGAAGGAAGAGGAGAAGAAGCCCGAGAAGGAAGAAUCCGAGAGUGAUGAUGACAUGGGCUUCGGACUCUUUGACUAA